AGUGUAUUGAAAUAUCUGUUAUUUUAUACAUAAUAUAUCAUUGAUUGAAUGCAUUAUUACUAGCUUUGUUAUUUCUUCAUUGCAUUUAUCUCAAAAUGGAAGAAUACAAUUGUGUAUUUCCCAAAAAUGUGAUUUCAGAGGUGCCCAAGUUGGCCAUGUAUAUACCAAAUUUUGUUACAUCAGAGGAAGAAGAAGAAAUAAUCAAAUAUGUCAAUAAUGCUCCUUUGCCAAAGUGGACACAAUUAAGUCAUAGAAGGUUACAAAAUUGGGGUGGUAUUCCACACCCUAAAGGUAUGAUAGCAGAAGAAAUACCAAGUUGGUUAACAAAAUAUGUUGACAAAGUUUCAUCCUGUAAUGUGUUUGAGAAGGGAAAGUUACCUAAUCAUGUCUUGAUUAAUGAAUAUUUACCAGGCCAGGGAAUAAUGGCACAUUCAGAUGGUCCACUUUUCCAUCCUAUUGUAACAACCAUUAGUUGUGGAUCUCAUACGCUUCUUGAGUUUUAUAAACGACUUGACAGUACACAGCAACAUGAACAAAAUCUAGAAUUUAGUUUUCUAUUGGAACCUAGAAGUUUGCUUAUUCUGCAAGGAGAUCUAUAUCAUAAUUAUUUACAUUCAAUUGCAGAGAAAGAUACUGAUGUUGUUUCAAAAUUAACUAUGAAAAAUUUGAGCAUAUGCGGAGAAGAAUUUUCGGAAGGGCAGUUAUUAAAAAGAGGUGUUAGGUUGUCUUUGACAAUCAGACAUGUUCCUAAGACUAGUAAAUUAAAAUUAAAAUUUGGAUAAUAUACUUUUAUAAGAAAAACUUAAGAAUUACGAAGUGCAUUUAUAAAAUUUGAGCUUGUUCAAGCAACUUAUAAA